AUGAAUAAUAGUAAUAAUAUUUUCAAAUUUAUAACAUCAAAUAUUCAAAAACAAGUUAUUUUAAAUAAAAAUAAUAAAAUUUUAAAUAAAUCAUUAUAUUUAAAUAACUAUUAUUAUAAUAAAAAUAUUGAAAAUGCUAAAAUUAUAAAUCAAACAGCAACAACAGCAACGAUAAUUGUACCAUCAUUAAAUAAUAGAAAUAAUUUUAACAAUAUAAUUAGAAAUUAUAGUAAUAGAGGUUACCCACAUCGUAGAUAUAAUAAUAGUAACGAUGAUGAUGAUGAUAAUAAUGGUAGAUUAAACUUUUUACCAAGUAAAGAUAAUAAGGAUUCACUAUUGGAGAGAAUAUCAGGUGUACUUGUAGGACUUGCAUCGGUUGCUUUAUUAGUUUAUGUAUUUUAUGAUGGAGCUUUUGAAAUUGUUAUAAAUAAUUUAAUUUUCAAGAAAACAGUUGACACAUUAAGAUCAAAUGAAAAGGUUCAAGCAGUUUUUGGCCAAGAUUUCACUGCUAAAGGUUUAGGUUUUCGUUCAAAUGGCUCUUUUAAUUAUAAACAUAGUGUUGAUAAAAAUGGUGAUAAAAUAGUUUUUAUUAGUUUUAUGAUUGAAUCAGAGAAAGGAAAGAUUGGAGUUGUUGAAUGUAAAUCUGUUAGAACUAGUACAUUAGAUUUAGAAAUUAAAAUAUUAAAAGUUAAAUAUGAAAAUUAUAAAACAAUUACAAUUGUUGAUGAAGCAUUACCAAAGAAAUUUAAUAAUAAAUUAAAGAAUUUCCUUUCAAUAUUUGGUAUAACAAUUAAUAAUAAUAAUGGGAAUGAUAAUAGUGGUGGUAGUAGUAGUAGUAGUAGUGGUGGAUCAUCAAAUUAA